ACGCCCAAGUCAGGGAAGAUAGGGCCCGGGCUGGGUGGUGGCUGGAAGGAGCUCUGAGGUGAGGGGAGGAGCCACGCGGAUGCAGGCAGGAAGAGCACGCUCCAGGCAGAGGGCAUGACCAGGACAACAGCCUGAAGUGGGAACGAGCUCUGGAAGGACAGUGAGGCUGACUCGGGGCUGCAGGUGACAGAUCCAGAGCCUGAGCAAGAACCGGAGCGAGCAGACCCGGCAGCCCCCAGCAGGAUGAAGGCACCCGCGGCUCUCCUGCUGGCCCUGCUGCUUUGUGGGCAGCCAGGCACCGGGCGGGCGCAGGACGAGGAGGAGGAGGAGCACGCGGACGUCGGCCCGGAGGGCUAUGAUGACGACGACGACGAGGAGGGGCAGGAGGCCAGUGUGGCUGCAGGGCUGCUGCAGUGUUAUGCCUGCCAGUCCCUGUACAGGGGGGAGCGCUGCAAGCAAGUUCAGAACUGCGUCCACGGCCACAGCUUCUGCAAAGCCAUCAUGUCCCACGGGAACACGGAGUCGGGUCCUCUGACCACCUACUCUGCAUGGUGUGCAGACACGUGUCAGCCCAUCACCAAGACACUGGAGGGGACCCUGAUGACCCUGACCUGUUGCCAGUCCACCCUCUGCAACAUCCCACCCUGGCAGGAGCCCCCAGGCAGCGGAGCCGGUAGCCCCCAGGGCAGCCCCGCGAUGGUGGCCGCCACUCUCCUGCUCAGCCUCCUUCCCGGCCUUCAGGCCAUGGGGUCCUGAAUGGGUGGUCCCACCCCCACCCCACUCACACCCUGGAUGGCCAGCACUCUGUCCAGUGCCUUACCCACCUGGCUCCCCACCCCAGCUCUGAUGAAUAAACUUGGAACACCUUUAGUGAUCCGGCCAA